UCCCAAACUGUUCUUUGUUCAACCCCUCUCACGAAUACAUAUCCACUGUAUACAAUAUUGAAAUGGUAAUUUUGAUUCUAGAAUCAGUACAGCAUAUAGAUCAGGGAGCUUUGGAAGUGCUGGGAAAUUUGUUUUCCUUGGAAUUUGGUUUAAAAGAAGAUUUACUCCGAGAACUUUCCUUGAUUGGUGUAAAUAAAAUCCAUGAUUUGAGUUUCAAUGUGGAUGUACUUAAUAUUGAUGAGUUGUGUAGUGCAGCAAAGUUGUAUUCUAUUGAAUCUAUAUCUGUUAAUUACCGGACUAUUAACUUUCCACCUACAACUACCACUAUCUCUGAAGGCAUUCAGUAUCAGUAUCUCUCUAUCUGUGAAGAGAUUAAAGAAAUAGUUCUCGUAUAUGAGUCAGAAUUUGCUGGGACUCUAAUCCUUUUAGAUGUACAUUUGAUCUUCCAGAUUUUCAGCAACCUUUCGUUAAUUGAUAUAUCUAGUCAUGUGCUCAGACCAACUGAUUUCCAAUCUCUUUGCUUGUCCUUUCCACAGUCAGUCAAACAGCUGUCCUUUGUGUAUCUAAACUCAAAUAACAUGGGAAAGGUAAUCUCCCACCAAUUUAUGUGUUUCACAAAUCUUGAAACUCUGGAAUUAGUUGCAAGUAAUAUUUCCAUCAUACAAAAUUUUUCUUUUAUUGGAUUAAUCAAAUUAACACAUUUGAACCUCAGUAAAAACAAAAUAUCUUACAUUUAUCAAAACACAUUCAGUGGUCUCUAUGGACUGACGGCCCUAGAUCUUCAAGAAAAUCCAAUAAGUCAAAUUGAAACAAAUUCUUUUGGACAUUUUAUUAACUUAUGUACACUUCUGUUGGGAGAUCUCAACUUCUCACCUCACAUGUCACUGAUCAAGCUGAAUUUAUCUGAUAUAUUUGGAAGAAUCCCGUAUAAUCUGAGUCACAUGAUCAUUAGUUCAGGUCUGAGACCGAUGCAGCUCGUGAUUGGCAGCAAUACUACACUGAAUAAGAGCUUAGACUUCACCAUCAAAGGUCAAUAUGCAAACUUGGGAAUAAUGUUUCACAAUCUGACAAAACUACGAACACUUAUCCUGAUUAACUGCAGAAUAUUCUUUCUGGAUGGAAGUCUGACGAAGGACUUAAGUGCACUGACAGGUCUAGCGUUGAUGCCACGAGAUCAUGUUAACAUUCUACAAAACUUUGUGGAACAUCUCACCAGUUUAAGGUACCUCCAACUCCAGGGGUUGAAUCUGUACUGCAGUUGUGAUAAUGCAUGGCUGGUCUCAUGGGUGGACAACAGGCAGGUGCAGGUUUCUAUGUACAGGCCCACCAUGAAAGAACUACAGUGCUUGGCUGAUAAUGGAAUGGACCAUCUCAACUUCAUUCUUUACACCAAGGAGAAUUGCUCAUUUUCUAUUGAAUUUGUGCUGUUUGUCUCCACCUCAGCUUUUUUAUUUUUCUUUAUGAUUGGAGUACUGUCAUAUCAAUGUGCAGGCCAAUACAUAAAGCCAUUCUAUAACAUUGCCAGUGGAUGGUUCCGAGAGGCUUUGCAUCUAAAUGGCAAACAGUGGUACCGCUAUGAUGUUUUUGUGUCCUACAGCUGUAAGGAUGAGCAUUGGGUCAUAAAUGAACUUCUACCAAACUUGGAGCAGCGUGGCCCUCCAUUCCUGAGAGUUUGUCUCCACAGUCGGGACUUCCGGUUGGGGCAAGACAUUGUGGAAAACAUCACCGACUGCAUUUACGCAAGUCGCCGAACUCUUUGCCUUGUCAGCCACAAUUACCUCCGUAGUAACUGGUGUUCUCUGGAGAUGCAGCUGGCUACUUACCGUCUACAGGUAGAACACAGGGAUAUUCUUAACCUGGUGUUCCUUGAAAAGAUUCCAUCUCGGUUGCUAUCCUCCCAUCAUAGAUUGGCACGGCUGGUUAAAAGUAGGACCUACCUCGACUGGCCACUGGACCCUGAGAUGCAUGAGGCAUUCUGGCAUAGAUUAUGGUGUAAACUGAACUCUUAUAAAGAUUAUUAGUAUGUGUUAUUG